AUAGAAGAAGAAGAAGAAAGAAACCAUGAGACUGAUCAAGUUAUUAAAUUAAUGGUGGAUUUCUCUCUCUAAAACUCUUUCUUCUUCUAUAAGAAGAAGAGUUCUCAUUAUCGACAUUUUCCAAAAAAUUCAGAAUCCAAUCUCAUUUCCAUGGUGAUUCUGCAUACUGCUUGAUCCUAAAGCUUACUGCUAAAAUGUCUUUCUCUAGAGGUUCUCCGCAGAAUGGAAAUGGUUCCAACAAUACUGAUCUGAAACAGAGAGUAUUCGCCUGUCUCAAUAAGCUCUCCGAUAGGGAUACACUCGCCGUCGCUUCUGCCGAGCUCGAUUCCAUCGCGAAGACACUUCCACAAGAGGCGUUCUCUCCAUUUAUCAGUUGUUUAUCAUCCACCGAUUCGUCGGAGAAAUCGCCGGUCCGGCGACAAUGCGUCCGCCUCCUUGGUCUCAUGUCAUCCGCACACGGAGACGCACUUUCUCCACACGUAUCCAAGAUGCUCUCAGCAGUUGUUCGCCGCUUGCGCGAUUCCGAUUCCGCCGUACGCGCGGCCUGCGUAGAAGCUGUAGGUUCGAUGGCGUCGCAAAUCACGAGGCCGCCGUUCUCUUCCUUUAUGAAACCGCUGGUGGAAGCGGUUUUGCACGAGCAGGAUCAGAACUCGCAGGUCGGUUCGGCACUAUGCUUAGCGACGGCAAUCGAAUCGGCGCCGGAUCCGGAGCCGGCGCAAUUGCAGAAGCUGUUGUUGAAGCUAUUGAAGCUAGUGAAGAGCGAAAGCUUCAAGGCGAAGGCAUCGCUUCUGUGGCUGAUUGGCAUAACCGUCAGCGUCGGUGGUGCCGGAAACCGUAAUGCGGUGAAUGGAUUAGUGCAUUGUUUGGUUGAGUUCUUGAGCAGCGAUGAUUGGGGAACAAGGAAGGCUGCGGCAGAGGCGUUGGGGAAAUUGGCGAUUGCAGAGAAAGGUCUAUCGUCGGAUAUCAAAUCAUCCUGUUUAUCUUCUCUUGAGAACCGACGCUUUGACAAGGUGAAGGUGGUUCGAGAAACAAUGAAUCGUACAUUGGAGAUGUGGAAAGAGAUCCCUGAAACAAACGACGACGGCGGCGGCGUCGCCGGCGGUGGUGUUUCUAAAGAUGAGAGUGGAAAUGGAAGUAGGCCUCAUCCUCCCACGCCAUCAAAUGGCAGUCGCGAAGAAUCUCCCAAACCAAAGACAUCUCCUCCGAUGCCUUCAUCUAAUAAUAAUAAGAAGAAGAAUUCAUCAACGCCUACAACUAUUACCCGAAAGAGCAGCCCUCCUACUCCUAAAACAAAUAGUGAUGAUAAGAGAUCAGGGUCAUCCUCCAUCUUCAACAAUCUUCUUUACCAAACAACAGAAUCAUCCCCCAAUUGGAAUGUUGCAAUUUCUGAAAAAGGAGUCCCAGGUGGUUUGGCAGAUACAAAAGGGAAUGCAAAACAAGCGGCGGUGGUGGUGGACACUAAUGCUACGGAUGAAAAGACGCGAAGUAGAUUCAGAUCUUCGCGUGUGGUACCAUUAUUCAAUGACGAUUUCAUGAUUGUGGGCAAUACUGGUGGUGAUGAGUCAGAGAUGAAGAAGAACCAUAAGGGGGUGGAGGAGGAGGAGGAGGAAGAAGAGGAGGAUCUGAGUUUAAUACGCAGACAACUUCUUCAGAUAGAAGACCAACAAUCCAGUCUCCUACACCUUUUGCAGAGGUUUAUUGGGAGCUCUCAGAAUGGAAUAGAGUCUCUGGAAACGCGAGUAAAUGGAAUAGAGAAAGCUUUGGAUGAAAUAUCUCGAGCAGGUGUAGGUGUAGGUGCAGGGAGACGACUUGUUCCGCUUCCCUCCAGUAGUACAUGUUGCUCGAUACCUGGAGCAGAGUUUCUAACUCCCAGAUAUUGGCGAAGAAGUGAAUCCUCCUCCCAUUUAACUACAACAAACUUAUCCUACUCCUCUGGGAGGAGAAUACUUAAUCAUCAGCAAGAGGAGGAGGAGGAGGAAGAGCAAAUGACAGAAAUUCUUAAGCAGCAGUGCCAAAACAACAAGGGUGGUAUGAGUUGUGGUGAUAAUCGGAGGAAGGAUUUAAGGACGAGAUUAGAAUCAUCACAGUUAGCUGGUAAAAACUCCAAACAAGAUUCAAGAUGAUGAUGAUGAAUGAUGGAUGGAGGCUAUCCAAAGAAGGUAGUAAGUAACAUUUCUAUUCUUAUUAAUUAAUGAUUAAAUCUGUAGUAGAUGAUGAUGAUAUUUUGAUUGUAUCAGGUUAAAAUGAAAUAUAUUUUUAUCUGAUCUUUCUGCCUA